AGAGUAGAACUUAGCUUUGAAAGAAGUGGCUUUUACGUAGUACUUACAUUCUCUUUGGGAGCGGAAUGAAAAAAAACAUUCAUGUGAGUUGUGCUCAUUAGAGUAAGUGUUCUGUGGUUGUGACCAGCCUGUGACGAUUGACGAGCCUUACCUAUGUUUUUGUUUACAAAUUAUAAAAUAAUAAUUCCAAAAAACAUUACGAAUAUUAAACCCAUUUUUUAUUACUUCUAGUACUUAUCAAUUAAUACUGUUUUAGCCAAAUAUAAACAGUUGAAAAAUUUAAGUUUCCAGUGUAUAGCAAAGAAUAUAGGUACUACUCUCCGUGUAAAGUACCACGUUUAACAAGGAUAUAACAAUACCACGAUGAAAUUUCCUGUUAUUCUAAAAUGUUUACUUAAUUUAGGGACCAGACCAAAAUACCGAGACUUGUGUACCAGUGCUAGUAUUUUAGAUGUUAGAACAAAUAUAAAAAGCGCUAGUGUUUUAGAUAUCCAUACUGAUGAUCUGUCCGAUGUUGUACCACAUCAUUCACAGUCAUUUAAUUUAGCUGCAUAUGUAAAUACAUCAGAAACAUUACAGAAUCUCGUUCAUUUAAAUGUAAACCUAUCAAAAAUAGAGAAAAAACCAUACAUCACUGAGAAAAUUUUGAAGUUAGAUUUUCACAGAGAUAUGAAGAGGAACAUCCUUUUUCUAAAAGAAUUUGUAAAUGUGGACUGCAUAGGAGAUUUUAUAACCAUGAAUCCCUUAAUUCUUUGCGAACCUGUUGAAGACUUGGAAGUAAGAGUGAACUAUUUGCAAUCAAAGUCAUUUAAUAUUGAAGCAAUAAAGAGAAUUAUUUCAAAAAAUCCUUUCUGGUUGAUGUUCAGUACAGUAAGGAUAGAUAGGAGAUUAGGAUUUUUUCAAAACAAAUUUGAACUGAAUGGAUAUGAUAUGAGAUACUUAGCAUCAAAACAACCAAAAUUAAUUACUUACCAGUUAAAUAGUAUUAUUACUAAUAGCUUUGUCAUUAAGGAAGAGAUGGGAUUCAAUGAUAAAGAAGUUAAAUCCCUUUUAUUAAAAAAGCCUAAAUUGUGGAUGUUAAAUCAAAGGUCACUUUUUCAAAGGUUUAACUAUAUACAUAAUAUUAUGAACAUACCACAUGAAAGAAUACUACAGCAUCCUGAUAUAUUAUUGAGCAGAAAUUUUAGAGUUAAGCAGAGGCAUGAAUUUUUGGAUAAAUUAGGAAGAUCUCAAUACAAUCCAGCUAAAGAAAACUAUGUCCCUUUGAUGGCACUUUGUGAGGGAACAGAUAUAGAUUUUUGCACAAAGUUUGCCAAGUGCAAUGUUGAUGAUUUUAACAUAUUCUUAAAAACACAAGUUUAGCCAGACUUCCCUAACAUAACUUUGUUUUGUAAUGCAUUCAGUGAAUGAUAAAGCAAUGUAUCCAGAAUCCCAGCUAUUGUGAAAACACCUCCAAUUAUUGCACACACAUUAGUUGCAAAGUGACCAAUUGACCUGCAAAAAAAAAACUAUGUAAUUAAAGUGUAAAUGUAAUUAAACUUACCAUUUCAGAAUAUAUUUAUUGCUUUCUA